AUGGUGGAUGACUACAGGGCAAUGUUCAGCCGCUUUUGGGAGCGUUUCAGACCAGGUCACCCUGACCAUCCAGUUUACCAGAAGUCUGUGGAGCAGCGAAGCUCCACCAUACCCAUAGCGAUCCAUGGUGAUGAAGGCCGAGGCCUUGCAAAGGUACCAGUACUUGUACUUGCCUAUCAGGUCAUGAUCCCUUACUCAGGUGAAAACAAGCUUAACUCAUCGAAGCAUUCCUACACCACACGGCUCUUGACGACCCUGUUGCCUUCAAACUGGUACGCCAAGAAGGACGCCAGCAUCAAUGCCAUUCUGCAGGCCUUGGCUCACGAUUUGACCCAGUUGCUGGAUGUUGGGAUCACUGUUUGUGGCAAACAGCAGCGCUUUUAUGCAGCAUAUGUUGCCUGCAAAGGCGACUGGCCUUGGCUUAGAAAGGCCUAUGCACUAUACAGUGGCUUCACCUCGAAAAGGAUUUGCCAUUUAUGUGAUGUAUCUGACCCUUUGAUCUAUAGUGACAAGUUUUGA